AUGAUGUCCAUCCCAAACCUCACGGAUGCACCAGGUGGAAUACUCAUAGCGCACAGCCACAACCAGUCAACGAGCGCCGUGCCUUCUGGCGGUUCAGUGGAUCCUAACAAUGAUGUCCGCGGUAACAUAACGCGCCUUACUGCGCGCGCAAGGCAACUGUUGGUUAGCGACAUAGACACGCGAGUUGUCCGAAACGGCCUCAGCACAUACGAAAUGUCGCGCAAAACAGCCACGGAUGCACGGUUGUGGGCACAGGUAGCUGGUCAAGCAACCUCUUCACAGGCAUCAGUAGAACUCUUUAUGGCAAGCCUCGGUUUCAACCUUCAGGAGCAGCUGCGUCUCCUUCAUCAAUUACACACCAACCAACUGCCUAUUGUAGGGAGAAACCAGUUGGAUAGCCUCGAUGCACCGUGGGAUACACAAGCGAGUGACGAACUGGGCACCGCACUGGAGGUGUUUGUGGCGAACCGUCGUCACGAGAUCAUGCAACGGAGUGUAGACGAGAUGCACCAACGCGUAGGUGAGAUGAUGCAAGAGCGCUCGGAGGCCAUCAUACGCUCUUCGUGGGAAAAGUACAGUGUUGAAAUUGCAGAUGUUUUUGAAACCGCUUCAUUAAAGGCUGGAAGCGGUGGUGGCAGGGGAGGAAACAGCAGGAACAGCAUCAGCAACGGCCAGUUGAUGCAUGCUAGUACACUUGGGGGGGCAGUUAACGGUGUAGCCGCUGCGGGCACCGCGUUGCAGUCUCAUGCAGGUGUUGUAGCGCUGCUAAACGGUCGUGACACCGCAUCGACGAAGGCCCUCGCCAAAGUUUCUGCCUUUGCGCACAUCGUUCACACUCAGCCGCCGCAAAAAUGGAGUUCACACUUUACCAAUCACGUUGUUGACGACACUCCAAAUUCAGUGGAGGAGGUGGCCGUUCUGUGGACCACCGUUGGGCACAUCUUGCAGCCCAUAAUAGAACGUGGCUCUGCAGCGACAUCAAUAACUUACGUCAGCUCCAGCCGGCGGGUGAUGGAACGGAAGGCUUUGGCGGCGGUUUUCUCCAUCAUGCUGAAGGUCGAGUCAGAUCGCCUCUCUGAUAUGGAAAACAUGCACGCAACCCGCUUCAUCGGCGUUGUGGAGCGCUACACUUCUUCAUCUAAUCCGUGGGCACACAUAUUUACCUCGAUGCGCUGCGGCCGCUACGAUGCGGCGGCAGCCAUUGCGGCUGCUGCUGGUUUCGGUUUAGUGGAAAAGACUCUUAGUUCCUAUGCCUCGGGGAACGUGAUGGAACAGUACACACCGUCUUGCCCGUUAGAACUUCGUGCUCUUUAUUCAGAGGAUUGCACACGCUCAGAUCCCUACAGACAUACUGUUCUCUUUCUGUUGCUUGCGGGGAAAACUGGGGAGAGCAAUGAGGUGGUUCAAUCGACAGUAGCGUCAUUGUCGUCAAAGGUUGCCCGGUCGCUGGAAGACACGUUAUGGAUACGACUUUUUUGUCUCCACACCGUUGAUGCAAAUAACAGUGAGAAGAUACAGUCCUUGUCAGAUAUGCAGCGGUUACUGUUAGAUGAUAUGCAGGAUCUGGUCGCACUGACACGCGGUAAUGUUGUUCGUUUGGCGUCUUUAAUGUUCCAUGCAUUAUUGCCGUCCUCGGGGGUUCGACUGCUGACGGAAAAUGACUCCACAUACGUCGAUGGUGUCCACCUCGCGAUGUGCUUUCACAACAGCAAGAUGCUCCAAUGCAGUGAUGCGGAGGUUCCACUCGACCUUAGCCGUGCCAUACAGCAGUACUGCUCCAUCGCACUACUCGACGCCGACAGACGUCGGAUGAAUGCUUCCCAAGUAGGACCAGCCAUUUUCUGGUACUUCUUUCGCACUGGUCUUAUUGACACGUUUGUGGACUACUGCAGUAACGAAUUGGUGUGUGCGAAGCUAUUUGGUCAGCGUGCUGGUGGUGGCAGUAACGAUGGUGCGCUCUUUCAACACGGGGGUGUACCCCCCAACGAACUUUUGGAUGCAAUGGUGCGCAUCGCUGAGGACGCAAUCGCACGGGGAAAGACAGAGCUUGCGGUACAUGUACUAACGGUGUUGGACCAUGCUGCCACACUCGUUUCGGAUGACGCUCGAUCAGGGUAUGCACUCAGCCGCGCUGUGCAGAAGAUUUGCCCAGCACUCGCACAGGCAUUUCACAAUGAACCUACGAGUGAAAGUGCAAAUCUCUUCGUGCACGCCGCCGUUCUUCGGGAGCGGUUGGCGCAAACGAAAUGUGUAAUUCCAUCGGCCCAGACGGACACUUUCCACCUGCUGUGCCGGAUGGGCGAAGUGCACGCUAACGCCGUGCGCGGUAACGCCGAGAUGGCAGUACGAUGCUUCUGUAACCUUCCUUUUGUCCCGGCAAGUCCCGCCGAUGUUGAGCGGUGUGCAGAACUUUUUGAUACAGCACCAGACACCGUGGCAACUGCGGCGCCACCGAUCAUUAUCCACGCACUGCGGCAGUUGUUGCGUCUUGUGAAAGAGCAGAGGGCGUUGCAUGAUGGGGCGAGUGACGAACUGCUGUUGCAACGAAAUCAGGCACAGCAAAUUAUUGCAUGGGUGCGUCGCUGGAAGAGGCAUAUGAACCGCUCUCUCUUAGAUGAGCUAAUCGUUCUAGAGCGGUUGUUUGUGCAGUGA